CUAUUUCGCUUCUUGGUGGUACUAGAUGUUUUUUGCAACUUCAAUCUUGCAUGUGCACCUCAUGCAAUGGGAGAAUGAAAGUUCCGUUCAAGAUGCUGUCAACAGAUGCAAUGCAAUAUGGAAAUCUAUUGAAUCAGAAAAAAGACAGCAAUGCCUUGGUUUGCUAUUUUACAAUGAGCUGUUGCAUGUAUUUUAUCUACUCCGGAUAUGCGACUACAAGAAUGCUGCUCAAAAUGUUGACAAAUUGAAUGCUGCUAUGAAGUGUGAUCUACAGAAGACACAACAGAUCAAGGAACUGACUAAGGAGCUUGAUGCAGUCAAUGAAAGUCUUUCUCGUUCUGAUUUGAAUUACAGAGACAGAUCUGCUCUCUCUGGAAGACAAGCUCACCUUGAGGAGCAACUUAAUAACUUAACAGGAAAUGGCAAAGAAUUUUCUGAACCGAUAUACUUUGGAAGUGUGAGACGGACGUGGGAAGACAAGCUUGAAUUGGCGCCACCUCCUAUUGAUGGAGAAUGGCUACCUAAAGGUGCUAUUUAUGCGCUGGUAGACCUUACGGUAGUUGUUUUUAACCGUCCAAAAGGACUUUUUAAGGAGUGCGUAAAGAGGAUUCAGUCUGGCCUGCAAACUAUUCAAGAGGAGCUAGAAAAGCUUGGGAUUAGUGAUGGAGUGAGAGAAGUAGAUUUGCAACACUCUGCCAUUUGGAUUUCUAGUGUCUAUUUGAUGCUCCGAAUGCACUUCCUUGAAAACAAAGUAGCAGUUGAUCUUACACGUUCUGAAUUUAUUGAAGCGCAAGAGGCAUUGAUGCAGAUGAGAAAUUGGUAUAUUCGCUUUCCAACAAUUUUACAAGUUUGUGAGUGUGUUAUUGAAAUGCUUAGAGGACAGUAUGCACAUUGUGUCGGCUGCUAUGAUGAAGCAAUUUGUCAUUUCCUUGAAGCUUCAAGGCUAAGUGAGAACAAAUCAAUGCAAGCCAUGUGUUGUGUUUAUGCAGCAAUCUCUUACAUCUGCAUGGGAGAUGCUGAAUCCUCAGCAAAGGCCCUUGAUAUGAUUGGACCAGUUUUAGGAGUGAUGGAUUCUUUCACGGGAGUGCGAGAGAAAACGAGUGUCCUUCUUGCUCAUGGGUUUCUGCUGAUGAGGCAGCAAAAUCUACAAGAAGCAAG